CUGCAACGCUUCAACGGAGGGAAGUCAAAUGCCGUUUAUAAUAUCGUCUCAGGUGACGAAUCAUGGAUUUAUUCAUACGAAACUGAAAGAAAACAUCAGUCAGCAGUUUGGAUCUUCGAAAACGAGGUCAAACCAACCAAAGUGAUUCGCUCCCGCAGCGUGUCAAAGAAAAUGGUCGCUACGUUUGUCUCGAAGAAGGGGCAUGUUGCUACAAUUCCUUUACAGGAACGCAGAACGGUUACCGCUGAGUGGUAUAUGGUUAUCGUGCUGUUCCAAGCACAGCUGACAGACGACUCUUUCGCCUUUACGCUCGCGACCCGCGAGCCACUUGCCACGCUCGGCCGAACUUCAAACCGGUAUCGCCCAGAGGCGCGCGCCCCCUAG